AUGGCUUCGAAUAUCAAUAUUCUUCUGUCUGCCUUUCCAGGCUUGUCGCUACCAUCGACAGUCUCUUUCACUCUCCCCCCAUCUUCCAGCGUUACAGACCUGACCGACAAAGUCGCCUCAUACCUCCCCUCGUCGCUACCUCUCCACUCGCUCAUCUUGACUACCACAAGCAACAAACAAGUCCUUCCGUCUUCCGACUCUUUACAAUCAUUGGUCACCAGCGAUGCCGAAUCUACUCUUUCCACCAUCCUCCCGUUGCGCCUCUCCGUUCGCAUGUGCGGCGGUAAGGGUGGUUUCGGGUCCCAACUUCGUGCUGCCGGUGGUCGCAUGUCCAGCAAGCGCAAGAAGAACCAGGGAGACCAACACAGCUCCAGCCGUAACCUUGAUGGGCGCCGCUUGCGCACUGUGAACGAGGCUAAAGCGCUCGCCGAGUAUCUUGCCGUGAAGCCGGAAAUGGACAAGAAGGAGAAAGAGGAACGUCGCCAGCGCUGGCAGGCCGUGGUGGACCUUGCAGAGAAGCGCCAGGAUGAGUUGAAGAGCGGCGGUGGCAAACAAAAGAUUGAUGGUCAAUGGAUGGAUGACAAGGAAGAGAUGAAUGAAAAGGCUCGGGAGGCCGUCCUCCAGGCUAUGAAGGACGGCGCAUGGACUGACAAUCUUCGCGAUGCAAUUCUUGGGGGCUCUAGCACCAGUGCCAGUGAUGGUAGUGAUGAGCCUAUGACUUCAAGCUCGGAAGACGAGGCAGAGGAAGGUACCCCUGGUCCCUCUGCGCCUGCACAAAAGCCGGCGCCUCGCCGCUUCAUAGGGUUUGAUGACGAUGACGAUGAGUUCAUGAGUGACUCCGAGGAGGAGGAAGAGCCCGCGGGCAAGGGCAAGGGCCGGGCCUGA